ACCAUGUGAUUUUCGAAAAAACACGUGCUCAUUUUUUUUGGGUCGGAAUUUUUGUUUAUUUUGUGUUUUUCAUAAAGAUUUUUCCCGAAAAAUGGGUAUUACAAAACAAUAUCUACGAUGGAUACCGGGUGAAAAAUUCGGUGUUAUUGGUUCACCAUGUCAUCAAGGAAUACAAUUGAUUCAUCAAUGGCCUGAAAUGAUAUCGAAAGAUCGUAUUUGUGCUACAGCCGCAUGUGAUGAUAUUAUUUUCUGGGAUCUUAAAACCUGUCAACAAAUUGAACGUUUCACUAAUGAUGAUGAUUCAGAGAAAAAUUCAAUGAUAUCAUGUUUGGCAUUUAAUGAUAAAAGUAUGGUGAUUUGUAGUGGACAUCAUAAUGGUUGUAUACGUGUUUAUGAUUGUCAAGAAAAUUGUCAACGUCGAUUAAAAGUGGUAUUUUCGGGUCAUCGUGGUUGUGUACAAUGUAUUGCAUUCGAUCCAUAUGGUUUACGUAUUGCAUCAGGUGGAAAGGAUACUGAAAUAGUUGUUUGGGAUGUUGUCAAUCAAUCUGGUUUGUUUCGUCUGAAAGGCCAUAAAGGUCCUGUAAAUAAAGUGGAAUUUAUGCAACAACAUUCAUGGAUUCUGAUAUCAGCAUCAUCCGAUACAUUUAUAAAAUUAUGGAAUCUUGAAACACAACAUUGUUUUCGUACCAUAGUCGGUCAUCGUACUGAAGUAUGGAGUUUUGUUCUUCUACGUGAUGAUACUGAAAUCAUUUCGGGUGGUUCAGAUUCUGAAUUAAAAGUUUGGAAAUUAACAUUUGAUGAAAAUGAUCGAGAAAAUUUUCAACGAAAAUCAGCCGAAUUACAAGCUAAACGUUUAAAACGAUUAGAAUUACUUGGUAAUGAUAAUGAUGAUGAUAUCGAAGAAACUGAUGAUGAUAAUUUUAUUUUAAUUGAAAAUUUCGGAACAAUUUUACGAAAAAGUAUGGAAAAAGUAACAAAUAUUUAUGUUGAUCAAACAGAAAAUCUUCUCAUUUGUCAUGGUAAAGAUAAUUUUUUUGAAUUAUUUAAAUUGCGUUCAAAUGAAGAAAUUUCUGUAAAAAUGAAAAAACGUAUUCGUAAAGAAAAAAAACGUCGUCGUGAAGAAGAAGAAUUGGAAGAAAAUGAAGAUUUAGAAAUAAAAGAAACCAACGAAAAUAUUGUCCUAUCAGAUGAAAUUGAACGUUUAGAUACGAUAAAAACUUGUGGUAAAAUUUGUUCAAUCGAUAUCCGAUUUAUUCGAUCAAUCGAUAGUGAUGAACAAGAAUAUCGUUUAUCAUUAUUAUUAUCAAAUAAUCAAAUUGAAUAUCAACAAAUAAUAUUAUUGAAUAAAUUGCAAAAAAUUAAACAAUCAAAACAAAUAUCCAUAAUAAAUCAAAUUGGACAUCGUAAUGAUAUACGUACAGUAACAAUAAGUUCAGAUAGUCAAUCAAUAUUGACAGCAAGUAAUGAUUCAAUAAAAUUAUGGAAUAAAUCAAGUUGUCGUUGUAUAAAUACAAUCAAUAAUAAUGAUAAUGAAUAUCCAUUAUGUAUGAUAUUUGUACCUGGAAAUAAACAUGCAAUUUUGGGAACAAAAAUGGGUAAAAUUCAAAUAAUAUGUUUACAAACAGCACAAAUACAAUCAACAAUCGAUGCAAACGAUUAUAAUGAUGAUAAUAGUCAUGGUCAUGUUGGUCAACCAAUAUGGUCAUUGAAUUUAUUACCCGAUUUGACUGGUAUUGUUACCGGUAGUGAAGAUAAACAGGUCAAAUUUUGGUCAUUUAAUUUAAUAAUUGAUAAUGAUAAUGAUAAUGGUGAUCAAGAGCAACAACAACAACCUCAACAAUCAAAUCGAAUUUUAACCAUUAAUCAUGAACGUACAUUAUCAGUUGAAGAAGGUGUUAUAUGUACAAAAAUUGCACCAAAUUCAAAAUUUAUCGCUGUUGCAAUGCUGAAUAGUUGUGUGAAAAUAUAUUUUUGUGAUACACAUAAAUUUUUUCUAUCACUUUAUGGUCAUAAAUUACCUGUACUUUGUAUGGAUAUUUCAUCCGAUAAUCGUUUGAUUGUAACUGGUUCAUCAGAUAAAAAUAUUAAAAUUUGGGGUAUGGAUUUUGGUGAUUGUCAUCGAUCAUUAUUUGCACAUGAUGAUAAUAUUCUUGGUGUACAAUUCUUGCCGAAAACACAUCAAUUUUUUACAACAUCAAAAGAUCAUCGAAUAAAAAUGUGGGAUGCUGAUACAUUUGAAAAAAUAACAACAUUAGAAGGACAUUAUGGUGAAAUAUGGUCAAUGGCAAUUGCACCAAAUGGAAAAUAUAUGGUUACAGUAUCACACGAUAAAUCUAUACGUUUUUGGGAAAAAACUAAUGAACCAUUAAUAUUGGAAGAGGAAAAAGAAUUGGAAAAUGAAAAAGAAUUCAAUAAAGAAUUUGAAUCGCAUACAAUUGUACCGGGUGAAUCAAUAACAACAUCGAAUUCGGAACAAGAAUCAGGUCGUGCACAGAAAAAAACAAUCGAUACUAUACGUUCGAUUGAACGAUUAAUCGAAAGUAUCGAUAUUUAUUUGGAAGAAAUUGAAAAAUUAAAUCAUUAUCAACAACAAUUGAAACAAUAUGAAAAUCGUACCAAAAAAGAUGAUAAUGAUGGGAAAAAACCACCAACACGUGAAUCAUGUAAUCCAAACAUGAUGAUCUAUCAAACUGAAUGUCCAUAUCGUUUUAUGUUGGAAAUUCUGAAACGAAUACCAUCAAAUGAAAUUGAAGAAACAUUAUUACAAUUACCAUUUUAUUAUAUACAAAAAUUAUUAGAAAUACUAUCCAAAUUAUUGGAACGUCGUUGGGAAAUUGAAUUAAUAUCACGUUGUUGUUGUUAUUUGAUUCGUGUUAAUUUUGGACAAAUUCAAUCAUCAUCAUCAACAACAAUGAUUACAUUGAUCGAUCAGAUUCGUAUUCAAAUGCAGCAAGCAUUAGAAUCGAUUGAAGAAUUAGCUGCCGUAAAUAAUGUUGGUUUAAAAUAUUUUGAAAAUAUUUUCGAACAACGACAAAAUGUAUCAUCAUUAUUUACAGAAAUUUUAUAUGAAAAUCGUUUAAAAAUGAAUAACAAAAGUAAUAAAAAACAUAAAAACAAACGUGAUCAACAAACAGCACCGAUAUUAACAUGGAAUUAAUUUUGAACAACAUUUUCUUUUGACUAAAUAAAAUAAAAUUUGAAUUUUUUUCA